CUUUCUUCCUCCAAGGAAAUUUAUCAAGAUGCGGAAAUAUAGGCUUAUCAUUAAUUAUUAGAUUCUUUGCUAACCAGAGUCGAUACAUUUGUUUACAUUAUCAUGUAGAAAGAUUCACUUUAACGCUAUGAAUUGCAGCUGACAAAUUUUCUCAAUCGCAGAUCAACAUGUUGCUUCUGAUGAGCAUGCGCAGUUGAUACGAGAGUUACAUAGAAUAUUGGAAAGAUGGCGGAGAUGUAAAGAAUCUAACAAUUUAUAGCAUUUAUAUAAGAUUAUGAAAUCGACGGAUUAAUUACUCGGAUUAUGCGGACUAUAUGCGGAUGGUUUUUGAGGAGAUAAUCUGCACAUUUAGUUAUGUCGUUAGCAGAUUUCCUGUAUUUCUCACACUCUUAUGAUUUUUUCAAAGUGUGUGGAAUAGUGGAAUCAACAGGCGUGUGUAAGGUAGUGAAAUGCCUUAGUAUUCUUAUGUGGUCAUUAUUAAGCCAAACAUUACGCAGUAUAAAUACCAAGUUUCCUCUAGGAUAGCCGGAUUAUCCUUAAAACACAUUUUAAUGUUUUUCCAACGCUUUCCGUUAUUUCAACCUUUUUCUGAACUAUGGUAACUAUCCUUGGUCAUGAGGUCUUGCUAUUUGAAAAGCCGAGAUUGUGUAAACAAGGUAUCCUUAUUACCAUUGUUUACUUUCUGAUGUUUAUUAUAAAAGAGUGUUUGUGUAUAGAAUUAAGUUGUUCACAAAAAUUCCCAUGGAUGGAUUUACCGUUUAAUUCGUGUACUACUACAAAUUUUUCUUUUGUACGAAAUCAGUGCCUUGUUUUGCGACAUAAUUUCAGUGAAAAAAUAUGUAAAUUGCCAAUUCAAAGCGAACAAAGAACGAGAGAGUUAAGAAAAAGUAUUUUUUUGAAUUUUUGUAAUCAAUAUAAUUUAGCUGAAGUGAUGUCAGAAAGUGAUAUAUUAACACAUAUAGAGGGUAGAAAUUGUGUGGAGUUUUUAAGGAAAAUUGAGUGUCGCGAUUCGCUGGCUGAAGCGAUGUACAAUCAAUUUGCUGAUUUGUUGACCCGCAUGGACUGUCAAAAGCCUUAUUCUGUCAGCUGGAAUUGUACAAACUGUUUGCAUUCUUAUAAAAAAUGGACGUGUUCUAGACAGUUUUCAUUAUUCCAUGGUGAUAUAGAAAUUCCUCCCUGUAACGAUAUAUGUGAAAAUGUUCAAAACAGGUGUCCAUUCUUUCGUCCAAGUAUCAAUACAGUUCAUGCCGGUGAACCAUCAUUUUUAUGCAAAUCUCUGAAGGAAGCGGCAAAUGAUAGUCUUUCUAACGAUCAGUGUUAUCCAGCAUGCUAUUUAGACUUUGCAUGUUCACUUCCGGAAAUCAAACCAGAAGUUGUAACCUCAAACUCCUCAAUACCAUCAAACUGCUGUAGUCAUCAUAUAUGUAAUUUUUGGACUAAUGUGAUAGGCUUGUUUUGUUUGUGGUUGGUUAGAACUUUCAUACAAUAUAUGUCCAUAGGAUUAACAUAGCUUAUGUACUAUAGUAUAGAAUAUUUAUAUAAUUUAACAAAAGGGAUAAUGUUUUGUAAAUACAAAGUGUAAAUGAUAAGAAAUGUGUGUUUAAUUGUGAUAAAUAAAUAUAUAUAUAUAUA